UUUAUGAACUGACCGCUAGAUGUCAGUAUAACUGAACUCACUGUGUAGUCAAUACAUAAAUGUGAAAACCAAUUCUCACAAUUGACAGCGUGUGAUGUUCUAAAGAGAUUAGUCUCUGUUAAGAGUCAUAAUGGCAUAAAGGCCGUAGUCUACCAUGUAGCUUGUGCGCAGACAACACUUGUCUACAUUUUUUGUUUCUAUAGAUUUGUGUAUUGGCAUGGUUUUGCAGCCACUUACAAAAAGCAAAAUAGAGAUGAGAUGAGCCCCGCCUGUUUGAUAUCAUAAACGCACUGUGUGGAGCAGAAACUAACCAACCACGGAGGCUGGACAGUCCCCCGGACACCAUCACCGGAUAGCAUCAUUCACCGGAUAGGAUCACCGGAUAGCAUCACCGGAGAGCCUCAAAGUCUGCAUCCCAACACCGGUCGCCUGUCCGGGAUCAGCUGCUGGGUGGGACUCUGCAGCCAGCUGGAGGAUUGACAGUUUGGAGAUCAGUGAGUGUAGCGUUUGAAUGGAAAGGGCAUCGGCAACUUCUGUCCGGAUGCAUCGUUAAAAUAAAGCAUUUUUCAAGAAAGUCUCCCAUCAGCUGUAGAGAGAACACGUUAUAGAUUUGCUUAUUUAUUCCCAUUGUAAAGUGCGUAACAAGCGCUUUGCAAAGUGAGUUUCCUCACAGGCUUCACUACGCAGUUUAGCAGAAUGCAAACCAUGAAGCCGCAGAAGAAAGUUAGAGAUCUAAAAGCAAACUGCGUCAGAUAGUCUACUGCGACUAGACUGCAACCAUGUAGCUAGUUUGUUUUGGUUAUUCAUCCAGAAGAAUAUGACAUUUGCGGUUACCAUGCAAGACACUUUUGAAGAGUAGCCCGUAGGUUGUGAGGUGAACUAUAGGAAGCAGAAUCAGUAAAGAGAGGUUUAUCUGCGCUCCCAUCCACGCAGUUUGCAGCUUCUGCUACUCCUGACAAACAUGGCAAGACUACGGAGGAAAGCUUGCAUAGCUAUGUUUCUCUUUACGCUCUUUAUCUUUGGAGCCAUGAUGGGGCUGCGGACCCUGAAGCCCACGGACGGUUUCUCGGAUCUGUCUCCAGGCGUGGAGCUCCUGCCGAUGAACGGGGGGAAGAUGGACCGGAGAUCCGUGUCCCGUGACGCCUCCGCUGCUCCUGGUGAAGCCCAACCGGGAGCUAGCAACACAAAAGCAGUUAUGUCCAACUCCGGACCCGAAGGGACUAUAUUUUAUGAUGUUCAUAUAUUUUACUACACCUGGUACGGUAACCCAAACUUGGACGGUAAAUACAUUCAUUGGGACCACAUACUGGUUCCUCACUGGGACAUCAAAGUAGCUUCCAGCUAUCCGAGAGGGAGACACAUGCCACCCGAGGACGUCGGUUCUAGUUUCUACCCCGAACUUAAUCCCUACAGCUCGAGGGACCCGGAUGUGUUGGAGUCCCACAUGGAACAGAUCGGGGCAUCUGCUGCAGGGGUUCUGGUCCUGUCCUGGUAUCCUCCGGGCUUUGCUGACGACAACGGGGAACCCACUGAGGAUUUGGUCCCAUCUGUACUGGAUGCUGCAUAUAGACACAACCUCAAGGUUGCAUUUCACAUCCAAACAUACAGAGAACGAAACGACCAGAGUGUGCACGACAACAUCAAGUAUAUCAUUGACAGGUAUGGUGACCAUGGAGCCUUCUUCAAGUAUACCACCAACACAGGGAAGAGCCUUCCUCUAUUUUACAUCUACGACUCGUACCUGACUCCUCCAGAGUCCUGGUCUGAAUUCCUGACUCCCACCGGCGCCCACAGUGUGCGAGACUCAGCCUACGACUCCAUCUUCAUCGCCCUGAUAGUGGAGGAGCGCCACAAGCACGACAUCCUCGCCGGGGGCUUCGAUGGCAUGUACACUUACUUUGCCUCCAACGGUUUCUCCUUCGGCUCUUCUCACCAGAACUGGAAGGCAAUCAAAGCUUUCUGCGACGGCAAUAACCUCAUCUUCAUCCCCAGCGUUGGACCCGGUUAUAUCGACACGAGCAUCCGGCCGUGGAACAACCACAACAUGCGCAACAGGGUGAACGGUCGCUACUUUGAGACGGCCCAGCAGGCGGCGCUCAAUGCCAGGCCGGAAAUCGUCACCAUCACUUCCUUUAAUGAGUGGCACGAGGGGACGCAGAUAGAGAGAGCGAUGCCCAAAAAAACUGUGACUCGUGUUUACUUGGACUAUCAGCCACACGGACCCGAUCACUACCUGGAGUUGACCCGCCGCUGGGCAGAGCAGUUCAACAAAGAGAAGCAGCAGUGGCUCAUGUGAGCUUUUAGACAGACUUGAAACGGCAUGCUAUAGUGAAGUGUGUGUAGUGUACACAUGAAGGAGAAAGAUAGGGGGGUGAAUGUAGGAACUGUUGAGAUGUGAGUGUAUGAGGACAUGCUAUGACCUUCAACAAGACCAGAUGCGCGAGUUUCUGUGCAUGCAUACGUUUGUGCACACGUGCUGAUCUGGCAGGUUAGGACACUGUGUCCUCAGUACGAAUUGUCCUGGUUGAGUUUUGGGGUAAAGCUGUAAUAAAGGGUUAUUCUUGGGGAGUUCUGAAAUGCUUCGUCAGCCGUCUCUUGCUCUUUUCUAAAUUAAUGCAACUUAAUAAAACUAAACAAACACACUAAGAAAACUGUAACCAUGAAAUAAAGAAUCCAUUACAAUCCCCCGACACUUAAUGCACACUUUACGUCUAACCCAAUGACACUGUUUCUGUAUACAGAUGUUCCAGUUUACCAGCAGGAUUGAUCAAAUGGUGAGGACAUGGUGUUUAAAAAGCAGUAAGUGAGGGUUAAGCAAUUCCCUCUCUGGCAGAAGAUAAGAUUGAUACCAGGGAGGCGUGUGGCGCAGUGCAUUAGUGCUUUGGUGUUCGGAUCAGGGGGGCACAGGUUCAAACCCCAC